GUGCUAGCUGUGUGUGUCCAAUGCUGCUGUGUCCUUUCUUUGUCUGCAAUCACCAAUCACGCGUGGUAGCUUCAUGUGCAAGACUGGCCUUGAUCCUCUGAACUUCUGUACGAUCGUCGCCCCUGCUUCAAGUUGCAUAAGUACUUGCAGCGUUGCGGAGUCCACCCGAUUAUCCGACUAGCCAGCUUCUUCAGCGCGGUCCUCACUCAAAGCGACCACUCGCAGACCACCAUGCAGUCGUCCGUUCGUCCAACUACGACAGUUAACACGAACGCCCUCCAUGUCAGCACUCCCAGUAUCAACGUCGUUCCUCUCACUGCGCCAGUCAACCCGACUCCCGCAUCCAUGCCGCCAUACAAACGGAGUCCAAGAGGCCGCGUUCUCUUCUAUGACAAGAACAAGCCCUACUACGAGUUCACGAAUUUCUCGCCCCACCCGGUAGAGUACAAUGGGAAGCGGUUCCCUACUAGCGAACACUUGUUCCAGUCUUUCAAGUUCAUCGACGCGCACCCGGAGAUAGCAGAGUACAUCCGCACAUGUGGCGAUCGUCCCAUGGCUGCAUUCGACGAGGCGCAUCGGUAUCAGAGCUGGGUCCGGCCCGACUGGAGACAAGUCAACAUAGUCAAGAUGGAAGAGGCCCUGAGAUUGAAAUUCACUCAGCACAAGCGUCUACGUCAGCUUUUGCUAGACACUGGCGACGAUGAGCUCAUCGAGGAUUCACCUCGAGACUACUUCUGGGGAGUAGGAGCCGACUACUCUGGUCGGAACGAGCUCGGAAAGGCACUCGAGAGACUUCGUGACGAGCUUCGCCACGAGAAUAACCCGAAGUAUUUCCUUCAGCCUCACGGUAAACGCGAUAUGCACCGCCUUUCACUUCAAGACAUCCCGUCCCUAUUGUCCCCCAUGUCAGCGGCAGGGCAUGUAUCCAACUUCAUCCGUACCGUGUCGAACUCGGCGAGCUCGACGCCGCAGUCACCCAUCAGUGCUGUUAGCGCCUCCAGCAAAACCAUGUGCGAGUUCUGUCAACAAAAACCAAAGUUCCAGCGACACCGGUACUGUAGCCGCAAUUGCGCACAAGCAGCCAAGAUGUGCAUUCAUUGUCGGACAAAACCUAAGUUCGACAAACACCCGUAUUGCUCCAAGACAUGCGCUGCCGAUUACGUAAAAACGUAAGGAGUCCUUCACUCCUGAUCAAUCGAUCAUGCUAGGUGUAAUACGUGGACUAUGUAAUUAUUGUUUCGUUCCCGUGUAAUCAUGGACUAAGACCUGGUAUCCGCAUAAUGUGUUGCUUUUGAGUUUCGACUCGUUGUAUUCUGGUUACCGUGGGCCGUGGCGUUAUGGUUUUGAGCGCCAAUUCAAAGACCGAGGCCGCGGUCUGAGAAUGCCACCACCUUUCCCUGAUACACCCUUCCUUGGGUGCUUCUCUGAGCAGCGCUCAUAUCCAUAGCGUAUGCUCUGGAUUCAUGCUCAUUCCCAGGGACCUUGUUAUG